CAACGUACUGCAUUAGUAUCCAAUAGGUGCACAAAGAGACUUCUGUGAACGUUUGGCGGUAUUUUAUAGUCAUACUCCAAUUGAAUCGAAUUUCAUCUUUGCUCUGCAUAAUGUCAGUGGUAACAGUUACUGAAGUGCAACGGCAAAUAAUAUGUGUAAUUAAAAGGUUUAAGUUCGAGGACCUGCAAUUAACAGUAAUGCCAAUUUUUCCUGAAACAUCAUGGACCGAUAUAAAGACCAAAUUAAUUCAACAUCGCAAGAGCUUUACGUCACCUAAUGUAGCCCAGCUUAUAAAGAUUGAGACACUUAACCUCCGUUAUACAGAUUUAAAAGAACGCUUAAGAACGUUGCAGUUAAUUGACUUAAGUUGGCAUAACACACGAAGGAUAUGGUAUAGUUACAAGUUAUUGAAUUUUAAUAAAUCUGCAAAUUAUCCUACGAUUAGAAACAUUCAAAAUUCUAUGGAGAACUAUUUCAAAACGUUAAACAUGAAAAUAGAUGUGAAAAUAACCAUGCACGAUGACGUUAUGUAUAUCUCUCUGACAUCAAAGCCUAUAAAAAGUGUCCCUAUUUAUAUGGCUUUAUUCGUCGGCGACAAGUAUUUUUUUUGUACUAGAAAAAAUGUUCUGUCAAAUGUAACGCAAGCGAUAGCACACAGUAUGGGAUACCAGAAAAGCAAACCCUUCAAUUUAAUGGGGAAAAACCUUAAAUCGUUAUCUGCGAUGCUGUGGAGGAGGAACGGACGAGCACUGAAUUCGGAAAAUAUUUCUGAAACUGUGCAGUAUAUGGAUGCUGAUCCUGAUAUCAAGAGUACAGGUAUAGAUUUCACUCAACAUAAACAACGGAAAAAAUACGCGGAACAGUGUUUCGGCGAUGACACUCCUACUUUAGAAUCACUUGUCAUAACUGCACCAGAUGUACCUUGGGUGCACAAAGAUCUAUCAACAAAACUGCCAAGUGAAAAAAUCAGUGUAACGUGGGAGUUUCGUAGCCACAACAUUGUUACAUUUUUAAAAAAAUUAAUAGAAAAAAAAGUACUCGUUUCGCCCGUACCAAAUUACAUAUCAAAUUUCAUGGUAUCGGGCAAAAACCAAUUUAAGCUUCAUAGGAAUUGACAAUUUUGAUGUUUAAAUGAUGUAUAUUUGUAUUAUUAGAUCAUAAUUAUUAACAAAUGCCUAGCCUGGCAUGCUCAUUAAUCCCAUUGUUGCUGAAUUUUA